AUGGAGCACAUAUAUCAAUCAUAUACAGCAAACGCGUCUUCAAAAUUAAAUAUCGCUGAGUAUUUUAGUCAAUUCGAAGGGGCCAAUGAACAAUUACGUACAAAUAUACCUAUGAACAAAGCGCAAUUGACUGAAUUACACGAGAGUAUCAGUAUUGAUAAGCUAGAUGUAGAUGAAGAGUCAGCGGUCACUGGUCAUCGACGAAUGAUACCAAAGCUCGAAGCUAAAAAAUUAAUCAACGACACAAAUUUACAGACAUUAAAACUGUUGAAAGAAAAGUACAUGGAGUAUUUGCCAAAAAUAUUCAGACCAUCGUUAAAGUAUCAAAGUGAAUUGAUUGUUAGAUAUAGUGAACCGAUAAUGAGCGGUCCUGGUGCAGUACCUGGAAAAAAUAUGAUUAUAUUUAUAAGAGUAUACAAUCCAUUCGAUUAUCAUAGGAAAGAAUAUCCUGUAAGACAUCAACGGAUAUCGUUAAUGCACUUGAUAGGAGUACUGGACUGUCAAACGUUAGCUGAUUUGCGUGAUAAAAUUCACUGUAUAUCAGAUUUAUCACUCUCUAGAGAAAGUAGUGGUAAUCCUCAAGAGUACACUGAAGUCUCCAACAAAGAUUUGUACAAGUCGUCAUUUUUUUAUAUUGAAAAUACUUUUUACAAUGACACAAGAGAUCCAACAAACCAUGACAACAGUUUACCGAUACGAGAGUGGGCUGAAAAACGCAACUUGGGUCCGUUUAAUGUAGCUAAAAUGGAAGAUACCACACUAGGUUCACUGGUCGUCAAAUUUGGAUACCCUUGGGUCUAUCAGCAUCAAGGAAACUGCGAGCAUCUGAUUGUUUUUAGCGACGCCAGGUUUGUAGCUCGUGAUGAUGAUUUGGCAAUCGCUAAUUACCCAAGAAUUUAUCGUGCAAAACCAAGCAAACAGCCUUCAUGUAUGAUUUGCGAGCGAAUUGUCCAGUGGGUAACAUUUGACAGUGACCGAGUACCUCAUGAUUCCUUUUUCUUUUGUGAUAAAUGUUUUUUGUCUUUUAAUUACAAGGAUAAUAAAAAAAUCGGCAACUUUAAAGCUUAUCGCUGGCCAUAUGACCCUGAACUGAUGAAAAUGAUUAACAACUUCAAAUCAGAGUAG